AUGAACUCUACGACUUUGACAGGUGCUCCAGCACCCGUUCAAUUGGAAACAAUUGACAAUCUCUCUCUAGCUCUCUCAGCCUUGAAAUCGUUACACUCAUGGUUGGACCGAAGAGAAAAGAGUUCACAGCACACAAGAAGCUUAUGCGACUCAUGCGAUUACUUUAAGAAAGCUUUUUGUGGUCCAUUCCUAGAAGGCACCGAGGGAAAGAUCUAUUUUCCAGAAGACAGCUUAGAUGUGGUGGCACUCUUCAUCGAAUGGUUAUAUAGACGUACAGUGCCGUUCAAUCAGACUCACGCACAAUUCGAUACAUUUAUAAAACUUUACCUGUUGUCGGAAAAAUGGUGUUUUUAUCAGUUGGGAAAUGUGGUCAUCAAUGGCAUCAAACAUCAGUUCUGGCUAUCAGACGAAAAGGCCAGCUAUGUGAACCAUUUACUUCCAGAAGUCGUCAAUCAUAUCUGGAAUCAGACGGAGGAAGAUCCGCCAUUGAGACUACUCUGCAUCAAGAGAUUGGCUUGGUUUUACCACGACGAGACAACACCUAACAUCAUUCCUGGUAGAGAUUACUUGAAGCACCUCUGGGUUGUUUGUAAAGAGCAUAGCAGCUUCUUCGAAGACUUCUUUGCGUAUUUCCAGAAUUUCACCAAGGAUAAGAAGACACCAAAUCCAGGUCGUGUAAGAGAGAAUGGAAAAUGGGUAGUCGAAAUCUGUUCAUAUCAUCGCCAUGGUGAAGGAGAAGGAUGCACAAAGCUAACCGAAGCAGACAAAGACAAAAAACAGAAUGUCACAUCAACGGAUAAACUCUAA